AUGUCAAGUGCUCAAAAAAUUGUUGAUAAAGUAGACCAACUUCACCUCGAACGUGAGUUUGUAAAGAUUUCAGAAUUAUUAACUGAAGGUCACAAACAAUAUCCAGAAGAUGUCGAGAUAAUGUGGAGACUUGCCAGAUCAUACUUUGACAAGAAUGAAGAAGUCGCUAAUAAAGAUGAAAAGAAAAAACUCAUUGAACAAGCUUUAGAACUUACCAACAAAGCCUCAACUAUUAACCCAAAUCAUUGGGCUGUUCAUAAAUGGUUAGCAAUUUUAAUUUCAGCUUUAGGUGAUCAUAUUUCAUCAAAAGAAAAGAUUGCAAAUGCAUUCAAAAUCAAAGAUCAUGCAGUCAAAGCAAAUGAAUUAAAACCAAAUGAUGCAACCACAUUACAUUUAUUAGGUCGUUGGUGUUUCUCAAUUUCCUCAAUUGGUUGGAUUGAAAGAACUGCCGCCAGCGCUUUGUUUGGAACCCCACCAACAUCAACUUAUGAUGAAGCUUUGACUUACUUUUUAGAAGCAUACAAAUGUGACCCAACCAACAUUCGUAACGCCCUCUUCACUGGUGACACCUAUGCUGCCCUUAAAGAUAAUGCCAAAGCUAAAGAGUUUUACAAAAUUGCUGCUGCAAUCGAACCAAAAUCAGAAUUUGAUAAAAAUUUAGUCAAAGAAGCCCAAAAUAAAGCUAAAUAA